AGCUCUGGGCAAACAUACUUGCUAUGGUUCUUUGAGAAGAAACUGUUCAAGCUCCCUGCAACAGUCCUAAAGGCACCACGUAAGAUGGUCGACAGAAGAUCUAACAAGCUCCUCCCACGACAUCGGCAGCCAUUUUAAGCUACGUUCCUUAGAAACCAUGCGCAAAAAAUGCUUCCACGCAUUGGAGAUUGAAAUGGAGGCCCCGUAGAACUGGAGGCGGGUCAUCGUCUCCGUUCGCUGCCUUCUCAUAGGUUCAAGAGGUGGAGUGUCACGGAACAUCCCGGGUUGAGCCACAUUGUCUGGUGUUUGUGCCUCGAGAUGUACUAACAUCAAGCUCUUAAUUAUCUAUUUUAAAUCAACGAAUUGCUUUCUAAGUAUCUCCAUAUGCUGCUUUGAAAGUUUGGAAAUAGCGUUCGUGCGCAUUGUGCCACGGGAAGGUAGUCUUUCAAAGGACCACGACAACAGCAGGAAGCCGAGCACGACGAGUGGAUGACAGAAGAAAAAGCAGCUAUCACAGGAGUCUUUGGGCAAGUCACCUAUAAUGUUCCCACAGAUAUGUAUCGGAUAAGUGAGAGUUUGAUAACUAAUCCAUGGAGGAGAAAACAACGAGGGCUAAUACAUAAAAUGCACCCCUGCAAACACAGAUUCUAUUUAGCCAGAUCCCAGAGACUUCUGUAGGAACUAUGGAAUGUAAUGGUAUUCCUGCAGAAUCGGAGGACACCUUUGCACAUGAGAUAGAACAAUUAAUUGAGAAGGAGAACUUCUCAAGCAUGAUGGAUUUGCAAGACAUUGCUGAUUCUGACAUGAAAGAUUUUGAGUCUAGUUCUCUGCAGCACACAUGCUUUGAAUCAUCUUGGCAAGAUGUGAUAAAUGCACCUGAUCUUGAACCAGAUAAAACAGAAGAUAAAGGAGAAUAUAAUAGUAACAUGACACCUUGUCCCUUGCCCAACUCGGUAGAGGUUGAAUCCACAUUGGAAACAAAUUCUGACGAGGUGUUGUUAGAAGCUGCAUUUGAAACCAAUGCUGGUCUGGUAGAGUAUUCUGAUAUAAGCAGCUGCUCUGACUCCGAAACAAAUCUUGAUUGCAAUUUGAGUUCAUCCAUUAAAGAUGACAUUAGUGGCAACCAGGCUGAUCAGUCUAUAGAGGGAAGAGACCAGAAUCUAAGUAAUACAAUUGACUUUUCUGCUGAAGUUUGUCAUGGUGCUUUGGAGGCAGAUAUGAGUGGCAUAGAAAUGCAGGACACUAGGCCUACAGAGACCAUGGAAGAGAGCAAAACUGAAGAAGUAAGCUAUACUGGCAGUAACUGCAGUGAGGGCUCAGUUCCUGUGAAUGCUGAUCAUCCAUGUACAGAAAUGCAAAGUGUGGAUAGCCCAAACAGUGUGGAGCCUUUGUCAAACGAUGUGCAAAUUGAGGAGAGAGAUGUUCAUUCUUGUGAUGUGGAGCAAACACUGGAGCAUUGCAGAGAACCUGAUACCUCCAAUGGUGGUUCCAUGUGUGCCUCAGAUAAUGCAAAUGUAGAGACCUCAUUCAUUUCUAAUGGAAAUGAAAACUGUUCUGAAAUAUGCCCAACUGCAGAUCCCCCAAAUGAUUGUCAGUUGGAAAAGACAACCCCAGAUACUGAAAACAAAUCAUCAAAACCUGAAUGUGAAGAUACAUCUGUGAUUUCUGGGAAUGGAAAAGAUUUACCUGAGGUUUGCCAGUUGGAUAAAAUGGACCCAGAGCCUGAAAAAGCAUUACUAAUGCCUGAAAUUCAUAAAACUGAUGAGAUAUCCAACUUCGAAAAUGAUUCACUUGGUGGCUGCCAGUUGGACAAUAACCAACCAGACCCUGGAUGUGCCAUUCCAAAUCUUGAUCUGGAAAAUUCUACUUCACUGGAGGUGCAAAAACAUUUAACUUCUGAAGAUGAACAUGUUGAGCGGGGAAGUUUCGGAUUCCUUGAGUCUUGUUUUGGUUUAAAAAGUGCAUCACAGAACACUGAGGAAUUGAGACACCUGGAACAUGCACAUGUAAAUCAAGUCACUGAUUGCAAUCAGUUGAAUUGCACAGAACCACCAGUUCUACUAAAGAUUGCUAUUGAAGCUAAUGAUCAGAAAGAUGAAGCCAAUCUACAAGAAGAUCCUCCAGCACUUAGUGCUGUUCAAGGUUCUGAGAACUCUCUAGUUCCUGGACCACCAAUAUGUCUGACUGGAAGUGGCACCAAUGCAAGCAAGGAUUCACUAUCUUUGUUAAAAACCCAAAAGAGAAAGCUACAGCCUGUUGUUGUCCUUAAAACAACGGAACAAAAAACAUGUGAUGGAAAAAAUUUCCAUUGCUUUGAUUGCAAAGAGUCAAUGCAUAGUGUAGAUGAGCUAAUUGAACACUAUCACUGCAUGCAUUCUUUCCAUAAGGCUGAAUAUUGUCCUACUUGUCAAUGUUUUUUGACUGGUGAUGCAUUGGCAAAACAGCAUUUCUGUGGAGAAGUUGAGCUUAAUGACAAGUUAAAAUCAUCAGCCUCGUAUACAAAGAACCUAACUGGGGAGAAACCAAAGUACAAAUGUAGGUACUGUGGGAAGAUCUUUGUUAAAAAACCUUAUUAUGUACUUCACGAUCUGAAGCACAGAAUUGUCACUGAUUAUAGAUGUCCCCGUUGUGGAUUAUACUUUCCUACAGAUAGCCAAUGUCAAUCACACCAGCACAAAAUACGAUGCACGCCCUUGCUACUGGAACCUUCUUUACAGACUGCACACUCAUCAAAAUCAACUCUUAAAAGGAAAUAUAUUCCAAAUGUCAUUGAAACUGCAGACUCCGAUGUAGAACUUCGAAAUUGCUAUGUGAAAUUAUUGGAUGUUUACAAGAAAAGUGAGUCACCUGAAAAAAUACAUUGUCAAGUUUGCGGGAGGAAUUUCAGGCUCAGAGCACAACUGAAAGCACACCUUAGAUCACACUCUGAUGAAAAACCAUUUAAGUGUGACUGUGGAAAGGCAUUCAAAUAUACUUGGAAUCUAAACAAGCAUAAAAAACAGUGCUUUCAAAAGAUCAUCCCUCAUUCAACCAUGUCAGAUUCAGAAAGCAAGACUCCAAAGUUUAAAUGCCCCAUAUGCUUUCGCCUUUUCAAUUACUUUUACAAUCGGACACGCCAUUUACGUGAACAGUGUCUUAAGGAAUACAUGAGAAAAGGCAAAGGGAAGGUUGAUGAUAAGUAUCGUUGCCCUUUUUGUAAAGAUGUGUUUACUAUGGCAUGCAACCGCAAUAGGCACAUCAAGCAAACUUGCGUCAAGCUUAAACUCUACACAGCAAAAGUAAGGAAAAGAAAGGAGUUGAUAUUUUCGUCUAAGAAAAAUGAAAGCAAAGAGUCACUGGCUGUGACCUCACAAAAAGUAUUGCGGUACAAAUGCACAUUUUGCUCGGCUAUGUAUUCAAGCAAGUCUGGUUUCUACACCCAUCUUGCGAAACAUAAAUUGCUUGGAAAUUCCAAAAAGGCAAUCAAACACAAAAAUGGUAGUGAUGUUCGUUUAAAAGGUUCAAACUCUGCUGAUAAUAGCUCAAACCAUCCUUUCUCUUGUCGCUUUUGUGGAAAGAAUUCAUCUUCAUCUGACGCGCUAAAAAAGCACUUGAAACUUCACAAAGGAAACAAGCCUUUUCGCUGCUUAGACUGUGGGAAAAAUUUUUCCAGACAUGGGCAUCUGAUCUCUCACAAGAAUGUGCACAAGCGAAAUAUACAGUGCUUAGUCUGCUGGGAAGUUUUUUCAUCAAUUGGAGACUUGUUAAAUCACAGAGAGUCUCAUCCAAAUAAAGGCCUGCUUAAGUGUCCUGAUUGCCCAUUAAAAUUCAGGUUUCCAGUAUUUUUCCUUCGACAUGUGGCUGUGCAUGAAAGACGACACAAACUUAUGGCACCUCCUCCAAAAAAAGUUACAACUCCAAAGGACCAAGCUCCAUCCUGGAAGGCAGAAGAAACUUGCGAAGAGGAGUUUAAAUGUCGCCUCUGCCAAGAAGACUUUGCUGACUCGAAGGCACUUAGUGAGCAUUGUUCAAUUCAUAUCCCUGCCUCAACUGUGUCCAAAUGUCCAUUCUGCAAAAGCAGUUACUCAAGUCAUGCUGUUCUGAUUCGUCACAUUCGUAUUCACACUGGUGAAAGGCCUUUUCAGUGUACAACUUGUGGCAGACACUUCAGCAGAAAGGAAUAUCUUAAAGUACAUGAGGAAAAAUGUCAAGUAGAGCAACCUCCUUCAUUGAAGAAAUCAAAGUCUAAAAAAAUAAAAGCAGAACGCAGUGUGGACACAGCAAUCAACCAGACCAGCAGGCCUUAUUUUUGCUCAUACUGCCCACAUGCUUUUCGUUUUUCGAGUAAUUUGAAACUUCACGAAAGAGCCCACUUGGCAAAGACAGUUAUGCCUUGUUCAAAAUGUGGGAAAUACUACAGAAAAAGAAAAUAUAAGGAACAUGUGGAGCUCUGCAAAGGAGGUCAAUUACAACCUUCUUGCAGAAAAUGUGGAAGAGUUUUUACCAGAAGAAACUACCGAAAUGGUCACGAAAAGCAGUGCCAGGGGAAUCUGCCAGCUGAAACCAUAACUGGAACAAAGGAAAAGCGCAACUUAAAGCAUCAAUGCCCUGAGUGCUCUAGAUGUUUUAGAUCUAGCAUUUUUCUACAGAGACAUCUUUCUCUUCAUUCAAAGGCAAUGCCAUAUUCAUGCAUGCGUUGUGGGCAGAAAUUUGGAAGCCAGCAUCGAUACUUGCAGCACGAAGCUUUUUGUAAUGGUGUGUCCAAGCAGCGUAGAUUGGAAAGUUUAAAAGGAUCUGAGAAAAUCAAAUCAAUCUGUGCCGAGUUAAAUAACUUGAAAGAUGUCACUGAAGAAAAUGGUGAAGAUUUGAAGUGCAAUUUUUGCACCAAGACAUUUUUGUGGGCCAAAAGUUUAAGACGCCACAUCCUCACUCAUACAGAAGUCAAGCCAUACCAAUGCAAGAACUGUAAAAGUGGUUUCUCUCGCUAUGAUCAUUUGAAAUUGCACCAAGCCCGCUGCAGAGGAAAGAAACAACUUGAGGUGAGAGUACUAAAGAUCAAUCUUGACCGCUUAAACGAAAGUUCUCAAAGUCAAACGCAGCAAGAUAAUGAACUGCAGUGCAAAGUUUGCCUUAAGGUGCUUUCCACUCCAAGUGAUCUACGACGUCAUAUGGCGAUGCUCCACAUUACUGAUAAACCUUUUCCCUGCAAACGAUGUGGCAAAACUUACAGUUCUGAAAAAACUUUGAAAAGGCAUAACGACACCAUCAAAUGCAAAAGGAUUCCAAAGGUAACUGUGAAAUCUGCCACAAAUGUUCAAAAUCAGCCAUGCAGAGAAACUUCCAAACUUUUGCAGCGUAUACAAGUUCACUACAUGAAUAAAUUGAAAUACCAGUGUGACUAUUGUCCUCGACGCUUUAAAAUGUCAGGACAACUGAAAGUCCAUGAACGUCUUCACACCGGGGAAAAACCAUAUGGCUGCGCCAACUGUGGAGAGCAUUUCAUCAGAACAGACUAUUUGAAACGACACUUGGCCAAAUGUAACGGAAGGGUAGAAAAUCAAGAAAAGGUGCUUUGUGACAAGUGUGGUGACCUGUUUACCUUUGAAGCACUAUCUGUACACCAAAAGACUUGUGUUGUGAAUUCAAAAUCUCCUGGAUCUUCUCGUGUGGUAAAAAAGGACAAGAGCCCCAACAAGAUAAGAGGUUUUUCCUGUGCUAACUGUAGUGCCCGUUUUAUAUUGUUUUCACAGCUCCAACAGCAUUUUUUGGCAAAGCACAGGUCUGAUCAGCCACAAGUGACCAUUAACAAUCAACAGCAAUUGGUAUCAAGUCAACAGCAAGUCAUAAAGGAAGAGACAGUUGAUGAGGUGCAUGGGCAGAAACAAGAAAGCAGCCAUGAGGUAUCUCGAAGGGAGCCACGUGCACGUUCAAACAUAGAGAUUAUGAAGCCUCUCAAAUGCCCACAGUGCAACAUGCGGUUUUCCAGGAGUACCGGGCUAGGUAUGCAUAUGCGCAUACAUAACGGAGCGUACCCGCAUUCUUGCACAAAAUGCCAUAUUGGUUUUUGGACCAAAAAGACAAUGGAGAAACACAAGAGAAAAUGUAGAGGUCACACAAUCAUCUCAAACAAUGCAUCUGUCUUGGAAAGUGCAGGUGACGUAGAAAGUGCUCUAAAUGACACUGUGCUAGUAUUUAACAAGGGUUGUAAUGCCACAGGAACUGGAGUACUGCAGACUAAGUUCUCAUGUAAAGAUCAAGACCAGGAAAAUUAUGCUGAGAAAGGAGAUGCUUCUGUUCACAAGUAUCAGUGUUCUGAGUGUGAUCAGAGUUUUACAGAUGGACUGAGACUUAUAAGUCAUUUGGAGGAACAUGGCCGUGAAGAACAAAAGCGCAAAUCAGAUGUUCACAAAUGCCAUGUGUGCAGUAAAGUCUUUGCUCAAGCUGGUAUUUUGCACAGGCAUUUGAGAGUUCAACAUCAGGAAAAAGUGGAUUACACAUGUAAUAUUUGUUCCAAGAAAUAUCGUUUUCCUUCAGACUUGGAUAUCCAUAAAACUUACCAUGACCCUAGUCGCCCCCUUGUUUGUACUACCUGUCAGAUGCGGUAUUGGACUGAAAAAGCCCUGGCCCUUCACCAAAGGAUGGCUCAUGGACAUGUGCAACCACCAAAUUCAAAAGAAUCUGGCCUGAAAGCAAAAACUGAGCAAGUAUAUAGAUGUGAACCAUGUGACAAAACUUACACAAUCAAAAAAUCAUACAUAAAGCACUGCCAAGUAAAACAUAAACCGGAAUCAGUCCAAACUCCCAAUGAUGAAACAAAAACCUCUACCAGUGUUAGUCAGGCAUCGGAUAAGGAAGAGUCCGACAGAAAUUUCGAAGAUGAUGAUGACAGUGACAAUGACUCUGAUUCAGCACCCUACUUUCCCUGUCAUGUUUGUGGCAAAACAUUCUUAACAUCGGAAAAACUUGAGGAUCAUCAAAGAUGUCAUCUUGGUGAAAAACCCUUUGAGUGUGAAGAAUGUGGGAAGUGCUUUGUUCAGCUAACAAACUUGCAGCAACAUCAGCGAUCCCACAAGUCUGAGUUUCAGUGUCAAAUGUGUGGUAAAGGCUUUACCUCUCUCUUUAGUCUGCGCAAACACAAGCAGAUGCAUGUCAAGAAGAGUGCUCAUCGCUGUACCAAGUGCCACCUGAGCUUUACACGUUCAACUGAACUAGCUGAGCACAUGAUUACCCACCGUGAUGAAAACUUUCCUUGUGACCUUUGUGAUGAAACCUUUUCCUGCAAAACAAGUCGAGCUGAGCAUCGCAAGAUGCACACAGAGCAAGAAGAGGAACUUCCACCAUUGAUUCCACCCAAGCAGCCUGAAACAAAGAAGGUGACUACAGCUAUCCACAGUAAGAGUCUUUCAUCAAGUAACACUGAGCAGUACAAGUUUCGCUGUGGAAUUUGUCAACUAAGAUUUCCAGAUCCAGAACAGCUCUCAGAACAUGGAUGCAAUCCAGCUAAAGAGCGUCCAUACUCAUGUCCGGAAUGUAACAAGCAUUUCUUACAUGGUUCCCACCUAAAAAAGCAUCAGCUCAGUCAUCAGCUGUCAGGACCACGUUGUUAUCGGUGUAACCAUUGCAACAUGAGCUUCACACAACACCACCUUUUUCUCACUCAUUUAAGAAGCCAUGGAAAUGAGAAGGCUUCCAAGAACAGCAACUUUGCAACCAGUGAAAAGAUGGUCCAUGUGGAAACCAAACGUGACAAAAUUUACCAGUGCCCCAUAUGUCCUUUGAGUUUUUACCAAGCCUUGGACCUUGCAAAUCACCUCUCUGUUCAUUCUCAUAUGUGCAGUGUUUGUAAUAUGACCUUUCCCUCUCAGAAUGAGCUUGACGAACAUGAACAGUGCCAUCUAACUGCUGCUACGCAGUAUGAAUGCACAGAAUGCGGAGACCAUUUUAUUGGAAGUGAUGCUUUCCGCAGGCACCGCUGUAGUAAUCGAAGUUUGACAUUUUCAGAAAAGCAUCGUUCAGAGUCUUCUUCCUCUUACUCUAAGAAUCAGAGUUCAAGGACUCUCUUUCAAACAGGUGACGAAGAGGAGGAGGUUGAUGUUGGAGAGGACUUUAUUAUUUGCCCUAUCUGUAAAAAAAGGUUCUCUUCUAAUAGCAGUUUAAUGGAGCACCAUAAAAAGCAUCAUGAGGAGCCACGUCCUUUCAAGUGUUUGGUUUGUCAAAAAACCUUUACGAAAAAACGGUACCUUACACAGCACCAGCAGACACACAGUGAACGGCCUUACCAAUGUGAAGUUUGCUCCGAAUCUUUUAAAUCCGAAACGACUCUAGCAAGUCAUUGUAAAAUACAUGAUGCAAAACGGCAGUAUCAGUGCCACAUAUGCAGCAAAACCUAUCUUACGUCAAAAGAUCUCGCAAAACAUCAACAGAAACAUUCUGAAAACCUCAGAUUCACAGCUCAGGACAGCAGAGAAUACCGGUGCGAUAUGUGCAAUAAGUCUUUCACUAUGUUCGCUCAUUUGCAAAAGCACCAGGAAACCCAUGUAGGUCAAGUGGUCUAUGAGUGUACGGAGUGUGACAAAGCUUUUGCUUUUCUACAUCUUUUAGAGGAGCAUCAAAAAACUCAUGCCGCUUCUGUUUCCAUAGAUUCAAUUCAGUCCCAAUCACCAAGCCAUUUCCCCUUCCAGAGCCCAGUAAAUGAAUAAAUUAAAAUGCUCAAGUUUCCUGCAAUGCAGGUUAUUCAAUAUGAUUCAGUUUUCUGAACGAUAUUUAAAAUUAGGUGUACAUACAAUUCUUUUCUUUUUUUUUCUAUGCCAAACUGCUCUUAUCCACUUUUGACAUAUUGCAUUGGUGUUUUACUUCUAAAUCAGUCUGCUAAUGUUACCAAUCUACUGUUUUACAGUUCUGUGAACUGCUCACUAAAUUCUUUGUACAGUGCUCAGACUGAUGUGUAUAAUAAAUGUAUGCCAGUUAGAUGAUGUAUUGAUCUGUAGGAGUAUGUGCAUGAAUGAGGUGGUUCCAAACCGGAUGUAUAGUUCAGAAUUACGCCUCAUUCCUUCAUCGUUGAAGUCCUGUUUGACUUUGCUAGAUUUACUAGCCAUUUACUGUUUUUAAACAUCCUUUUGAAAGUAAUAGGAAAUCUGUAGAUUCAUGUUAAUAUUUUUUAUUAUCCUUGUGUUUCUAAACAUUUAAGGUCCAGUUAAGGGGUUAUUGAAUAUUAGUUAUCCAUAUUGUUCAUGUCUUUCUAAGUUGGAAAGUGUAUUUUGUUACUUAAAAAACAUUUACCUUUUUAUUGAGUCUAACUUGGAUGUUUUUACUCAAAGUAAACAGCAAAAAUUAGGCUUGACACAUAAUACUGUAUUUUUCUGUAUGAGUUUGAACUACAUUAGUGCUGCCAUUUCUGUCUGUGUUAACCUGGUGUUUAGUUUUACUUUUGUAUUAUAUGGCAAUGUUGAGGAUUUCUUCAACUAGUAAAACAAUUACAUCUA